AUGACUCAGGCUCAGCUUGUCGGAAAGGGUGGUGAUGGGAAGAAUGGUGAAGGGAAUCGUAAGCGGUUUAAGAUCUCUAUCCCUCACUUUGACAACUCUAAUCUGAUCAAGAGCUACUCUAAGACUCUGAACAGGAAAUGUAUGAACCCGGCGGAGCAAGACGUCACAGCUCUCCUUGUGAUGUUACCAAAAAAUUGGAAGGUGGAAGAGAGGGUUGUGGGAGCAGACCUGGGAAUGGGAAGGUUCCAGUUUCACUUUGAUACGGAGGAAGACAUUGUGGCGGUAUUGGAGAUGCAACCGUGUCAUUUUGAUUACUGGAUGAUAGCACUAGCUCGAUGGAAACCAAGGAUGGUGAGAGACUUCCCUUCGGAGAUUCGUUUUUGGAUCAAGACUGAGGGAGUCCCCACAGAGUUCUGGUCAACCCCUACUUCUCAGAGCAUUGGAGACGCUAUUGUUGAAACUAUAGAUGUGGAUCUUGACUAUGGAAAGAUGCGUGUGAUCAUAGAUGGACGUAAGGAGUUGUGCUUUGAGACCACAGUGGAUUUCAAAGGUGGAGAAUACUACGAGGAAGAGGAGGCUCUAGUCACUUAG